UGAGGGGAAUGAGACUCUCGACGUGUUGACUCGAAUCCGCCAUCUUGGGCGUGGCGCUUAGUGCAAAGUUCAGUCAGGAAAGGGCCUUUUUCUCCUCAACUGGAACUCUUGGUUCUGGAGAAUGCAGGCGCCACCGAGAGGGGAGGACAAGGCUUCGAAUGCUGUGGGGUCUCCCUGCGUUUUGGGCAUUGACUUGGGAACAACUUCGGUGAAAGCUGUCUUAAUGGAGGAGACACGCCAAGUGCCAGCGGUCAUUGCAAGCUGCACCGAAGCCACCGGGGCCGCCAUAGAGAGCCAUGACACUUCUGGACCGAAGAGGGAUGAGCAAGAUGUCCGCCGAAUCGUGGCCGCCCUGGACGCCUGCCUGGGAAAGCUCCCACCGCAAUCGCUGCAGCGCGUCAGCCGCAUCAGCGUCUCUGGACAGAUGCAUGGCGUCGUCUUCUGGAAAACAAGCCGAGGGUGCAAGUGGGUGGAGCACAACCGCAGGUGGCACUUUGAGCCCGACGCAGUCAGCCCUUUGGUCACCUGGCAAGAUGGCCGCUGCAGCAGCCACUUCCUGUCCUCCCUUCCGAAGCCAAGAUCGCACCUCAAUGUGGCCACGGGCUACGGCUGUGCCACCAUCUAUUGGUACUUAGCAAACAACCCCGAUUUCCUGAAGCCUUACGAUGCAGCCGGAACCAUCCAUGAUUAUGUGGUGACCAUGCUGUGCGGACAGGAAAAGCCUCGGAUGACCACCCAGAAUGCGGCCAGUUGGGGCUAUUUCAGCACCACCAGCCGGAGUUGGAAUACCGACAUCCUCCGGGAAUCCGGCUUCCCUAUCCGUUUGCUUCCGGAAGUGGUCCAGCCGGGCGACAUAGCAGGGAGAACGGCCUACGCAUGGCACGGGGUGCCAAAGGGAACCGAAGUGGGUGCUGCUUUGGGGGAUUUCCAGUGUUCGGUGCGCUCUUGUAUGACCCAAGACACUGAUGCCGUUCUCAACAUUGGCACUUCUGCUCAGCUCACGGUCGCCAUGCCUUCCGAAUUCCGACCCGGAGACACCCCAGACCCAAAUUCUCCGGUGUCCUACUAUCCCUAUUUUGACAACCGCUAUUUGGUGGUGGCAGCGUCCUUGAAUGGCGGGAAUGCGGUGGCAACGUUUGUGGACAUGCUGCUGAGGUGGAUGGCUGACCUAGGGAUCCAAGGCUCUGAACCAGAGAUCUACCAGCGGAUGAUCCAGGCGGCUUUGGCUCAAGCCGAAACAGGCCUGUGCAUCAGCCCCACCAUCUUUGGGGAGCGACACUCCCCUGAACGGCUGGCCUCAGCGACAGGGAUUGCAACUUCCAACCUCUCCCUGGGCCACGUGGUCCGAGCCUUGUGUUGCGGAGUGGUCCAGAACCUGCAGGCCAUGCUGUCCUCCGAGCGGCUGAAGCAGGCCGGGGUCCAGCGGAUCCUGGCCGGCGGGAGUGGGAUCUGCAAGAACGAGGUCCUGCGGCAGGAAGUGGAGAAGGCCUACCCCUUCCCGGUUGUCUACGGAAGGGACGUCGACGCUGCCAUGGGGGCCGCCCUGGCCCUGCGGCAGAAGAAGUGACACUUCUGGCGGUUCUACAAUAGGCUGCCAUAGGGUUUGCAUUGGAGGACCUAGGACAGAUGAACUGCUCUUCCAUUUCUUUGUGCCUCCGUCUCCCAGAAGCCAGUUUGAAGAUGCUUGACAUAGAACAUUUCUUAGAGAGGAUACCGCUAAUCCUCCAUCACAGUUCUACCAUAGGCUACUAUAGAGUUGGUGCUGGAGGACCUAGAACAGGCAAACGACCACCUUCUAGCCCUUUGAGCCUCUGACUCCCAGAAGUCCAUGCCAGCCUGACCAAUCAUCAGCAAUUUGGGAAGUUGGAAGCCCAAACAGCUAGAAGGCCAUGGUUUAAGGAUGAACAUUCGUAGAAAAUUCUUGAGAGGACCUAGAACACUCCUAGAGAAGAUAGCUCUAGUCUUCCAUCACAAUUCUACCAUGGAUACCAUAGGGUUGGUGUUGGAGGACCUAGAACUGAAAACUGCUUCCUUCCAACUCUUUAGGCUUUCGAUUCCCAGAAGCCCUUUCCAUCCUGACCAAUGAUCAAUAAUUUGGGGAGUUAGAAGCCCAAACAGCUAGAAGGCCAUGGUUUGAGGAUGAACAUUCCUAGAACAUUUCUAGAGAAGAUACCUCUAGUCAUCUCUAGAACUGACCAACACUUUAGGCUUCCGACUCCCAGAAGCCCUUUCCAUCCUGACCAAUGAUCAGUAAUUUGGGGAGUUAGAAACUCAAACAGCUAGAAGGUCAUGGUUUGAGAAUGAACAUUCCUAGAACAUUCCUAGAGAAGAUACCUCAAGUCCUCCACCACAGUUUUACCAUAGGUUUGGUGUUGGAGGACCUAGAACCGAGAAACUGCUGUCUUCCACCUCUUUGGGCCUCUGACUCUCAGAAGCCCUCGCCAGCUUGACCAACAGGGAUUUGGGGAAGUUGGAGGCCCAAACAGCUGGAAAUUCCGCAGUUUGAGGUUGCCUGACGUAGAACAUUCUUAAAGAUGAUAUCUCGUUGGGCGAGUGGGCUUAUUAACAAAAUACCCUCUCCACAAAUGUGUAGCAGAGUAACUUAUAAGCAGCGUGACCCAGCGCCAGUAGCCCAAAGGGAUAAAAAGAACAAAAACACACAGACCAAUGCUAUCUCUUCCUUAGGAGGCUUUUCUUUAUAGUAAAAUCAUAUGGUUGCACUAUUUACAAGAGCAAGGUUUCCAUAACACAAAUAAAGUUCUUUACACUUUC